ACCCCAACCCGUUUUUCCUCUAAAACCUCCAUUACAGACACAGAGAGAGAGUAUCUUUCUCUUCCUAAUAGCUCUGAUUUAGGGAGAGAAAGAUUUUGAAACAGAAGUCCAAACGUCGAACGACUGCAAAGCUUUCCUUCACUCUCUCUCUGCAAUCGAGCAUUCUCGUAAUUUCGGUCCAAAGGGGGGAAAAACGAGGGAGAAGAAUGGGGGGAAAGAGGUACGCUGUCCUGUUGUGCGCGGAGGAUUCCGAUUAUGUCAAGAAGAAAUACGGAGGAUAUUUUGGUGUGUUCGUGAGGAUGCUGGCGGAGGAAGGAGAGACUUGGUUAGUUUAUCGCGUGGCUUCCGGCGAGUUCCCUGAAGAGGAUGAGAUCGAUAGCUACGAUGGAUUUGUGAUUACUGGAAGCUGCAAUGAUGCUCACGGCGAUGAUCCUUGGAUCUGCAGGCUUAUCACGCUGCUGAAGAAAUUGGACUCCAUGAAGAAAAAGGUUCUCGGCGUUUGUUUCGGCCAUCAGGUGAUGGCGCGUUCUUUGGGAGGAAAGACAGGCAGGGCUGAGUCGGGUUGGGACAUUGGAGUGACACCCAUCCAUUUAUCAGCACCAGCAGUGAAGUUAUUUUCGUCUCUUCAAAUACCAAGUGUACUCUCUCUCAUCGAGUGCCACCGAGACGAGGUGUUGGAAGUGCCUGCUAAAGUUGAGGUGCUGGCAUGGUCAGAUAAGACUGGUAUUGAGAUGAUUAGGUAUGGUGACCACAUGAUGGGCGUGCAGGGUCAUCCGGAGUACAGCAAAGACAUUCUUCUAAACCUGAUUGAUCGUCUUCUGCAGCGCAAAGACAUUGUGGAAUCUUAUGCAGAGGAAGUGAAGGCAAAUGUAGAGAAGCUUGAGCCAGAUAGGGAGGCAUUGAAGAAACUUUGCAUCAGCUUUUUGAAAGGUAGACUAUGAAGGAAAAUAAUUAAAAACUUCCUAUAAGUUAGAACUGAGCAGGAGUGAAGAUUGUAAAUAGGAACACUUUUUUUUUUUGGUCUAGCAACUUGAAUUAUCAAAUGUGCUAGCACCAAUUUCAACAAAAAAAAAAGGUGCUAAUUUGUUCUGGUAGGCAGUAUUAGAUAUUGGUAUGUUUUCUAUUCGGGUAAGGGAGUCUUUUUAUGAACAAUAUUUUUGUACUACUUUUAUUUGGAUAUAUCUAUCAAAGGAAUUUUGGAAGCUCCA